GGGACCUAAGUGUACGAACUCUUUACAUCAAGGGAAAUUAUACUCUCAUCAGCGUCCAAUUCUGUUUUCUCAAGGAAAAUACUGCCAAAUUUAGUAUUUUUUUAUAGUUUUGCUAUAUAUUUGCGGAGGAUUGAUUUGCUCAUAUAACCUCCUCAGGGCUACUUCAACAGCUUCCUUGAGUGGGACCUAAGUGUACGAACUCUUUACAUCAAGGGAAAUUAUACUCUCAUCAGCGUCCAAUUCUGUUUUCUCCAAGAUCUCCUUGGCCAUUUGAGUGUUCGUUUCUAUGUUUGCCCCUCAAUUUUAUCAAAGUAUCUUGCCAUUGUUUAACUUAGGUAGUCAUAUGAGCUACCAGGUAAAGAAAGGAUGGGACGAAGUGGUGUGCCUUGUUUGUGCACUUUUGCUAAUCCAUACAGCAUAGCCGGCUGCGUACCCGUUGAUCUUAACCGUAAUCAGGCACGCGAACAGUUAAGAUCAUAUUCAAGUCAAUACGUCCGUCUGCCACAAAAGUUUAUACACAUAUUGCAAACAUAUAAUUGGUUGUUUUUUUAAAAAUUAUUUUAUAUUAUCAAACGUCCUAGGUUAUUUGUAUGAGCGAUGAUCUCAUAUCUAGAUUUCAACUUUUUUACAAAGAAGCGAAAACGUUCGUAAUUAAAGCGUUACUCAUUUGCUCCAGGAUAGAUUGUGUUGUAUAUUAAAUGGCUGAGUGCCUUGAUCUGUUGAAAGAUGAUGGGCUGGCUGGUUUUGAAUCAAAUUUGUUUGACAAUGCAGUCGAUUGGUCGGGCCAUGAAAACAACAAAGAUGAACAACAACUCGAAAUACAAAUUUUGGAGUCCAUGUUUCCAAAAGAGCUUGAAGUUAUUUCAUCGAGCGAAGAACACGGUUGCCGAAACACGUUACAACUGGCGGUUCAUGUUAAUAUCAUAUCUAAGCCUAUAUUGAUCGAGCUAUGGGCUUCUGGCAACGAUGGGGUUGAUUGUUCAGUCGUAGAUGCCGUUGCAAAGAAUCGACCUGAAACUGAAAGGCCUGUUUUCAAUCGAACGAUAUCUGGUAACCGCCUGUAUACUUCAAUGUUUGUUAAUAAUCUUACACCGGUCAUCCUAACAUUGGUACUUCCCGAAACAUAUCCUGUGGAAGCAUGUCCCGUUUUCACAUUGUCUUGCCAGUGGCUUUCUUCGACACAGUUGUCAGCUGUCGCUACGAAACUAGAACGUUUAUACACUGAAAAUCAAGGAGAGCAGAUUUUGUACAUAUGGGCGAACUGGAUUCAAAAUGAUUUGCUUAACAGUCUGUCUCUUCAAAGCGUUUUAAUUAUUGACGAAUUGGAAACCGUUUUAGAUCCGAGAAUCUCUAUAGAUGAUACAGAUUCAUUUGCGAGAUUCGCCGAGGUUGUAACUUACGACUUCUCUUUGACUGAAAAACAGUUUUUGACCGAACUACAAACGUGUUUAGUGUGCUACAAGGAAGACUCAGGCUCAAAUUUCAUAAGGCUCAUUCCAUGCCUUCAUCAUUAUUGCUUUGAUUGUAUUACCGAAUUUUGUACCAUGCAUGUACAAGACGGGACGAUUGGUCAGUUAAGAUGUCCUGACGAUGACUGCAAAAAUUCAAUAAGUCCAGAUGUGCUGAAUAGAGUUCUAGGGGAUGAUCAUUACGCCCGUUGGGAGCGUCUCAUGGUGCAAAGAUCACUAGAAGAAAUGGGAGACAUUGCUUGGUGUCCCAGGUGCUCUAAUCCAGUAGUCAAAGACAGCAGUGAAGAUUCAUUGGGAAUUUGUCCUGUGUGCUCGUUUUCCUUCUGUACUAAAUGUGACGAUAUUUGGCACCCCGGAGAGCUGUGCAAGGAGCUUAGAACGGAAGAAAAUAGGAGAAUGCUCAAACUACAGCGUCAACAAGCAGAGGAGAACAAAAUCGCUUCCUUCUAUGGCCUGUACGUCUGUGGAAUGCACUCUGAGAACUUGACCUCCUUGUCUCAGAAACACGAUACUGCUGUCUACGCCGAUGACACUCGCAGGACCAUGUCACUUUUUGUCAACAGACCGCCUAAAAAACACUUUCUCCGAUUAUUCUUCCUGUUUAAGGACAGCAGUGAAGAUUCAUUGGGAAUUUGUCCUGUGUGCUCGUUUUCCUUCUGUACUAAAUGUGACGAUAUUUGGCACCCCGGAGAGCUGUGCAAGGAGCUUAGAACGGAAGAAAAUAGGAGAAUGCUCAAACUACAGCGUCAACAAGCAGAGGGGCCAAAGCAGCAGGAUUUGCGGGCAGCCAGGGAGGAAAUGUACAGACGAUUUCAAGAACGACAAGUAGGUGUGGAGCACAAUGGGAGAAAGCCAAUCAAGACAUGUCCUGGCUGCAGGAUAAAAAUUGAAAAAUCUGCAGGCUGCAAUAAAAUGACCUGCAGAUGUGGAACAAUUUUCUGCUGGCUAUGUGGUGUCAAAAUAUCUGGCUACGAUCAUUUUGGAAGAGGAUGCCAAACAUUUAGUUUCACUCAACCUGCGAGUGGUCCACGGAAGGAAGUUCAAUUUCACGAAGGCUACAUCGCUUACAGAAUCAGCUAG